AUGGCAGUCUUGUCCUUCACUCCUAUAACAGCAUCAAACAGCUCCCCAAAUGCUGCUGCUAGAGCAGCUCCUUCAACUGUCGAUGCCACUGCUCAAGCGCUUUUGCACUUUCUCUUGCCAAAGCCAACGUCUCCUUCAGAGCACUUGGUUGCUCUUGCUCUGUUGCACUUGCAGCCUCAGAGUUUCCAACUGUCCUCUAUUAUAACCUUCGAAUUCAACCACCUUUUCGCCGCUUUGCUUUCCAAAAGCGAUGUCUCCUUCAUUGGCAAGAUAGACCGCGUAACAACUACUAACUAG